CCUUGAAAACAUAACCUCAAAAAAUUGUUCAUGUGAGUUUUGUUGUGAUUUCGGUGUGAGGAUGGAAAAGAGCAAAAAAGACGAGAAAAUGGGCAAGGAUUCAGCGAAAGAGAGUGAAAUAUGGAAGGAUCCGAGAUUCAGUCAUCUGGUCAAUGAUCCACGCUUCAAAAACAUCUCGGAAUCACGGAGAAAAGUGAAGAUUGAUCGACGCUUCCAGUCCAUGUUUAAGGAUCCCAAAUUCUCCCUGAAAUACACUGUGGACAAGUAUGGGAGACGCGUAGAGAAGGAUCAGAGUGAUGCAUUGAAGAAGUACUAUGCUCUGAGUGAUGAUGAAGAGGAAGAUGAGAAGGCGCAGGAGGCAAAAGAAGAGAGCGGCGAAGAAGAUUCUUCUGAUGAUGAAAAUGAUGACUUGGAAGUCGGUGAGAAGAUUGAUAAGAAGAUGAAGAAGCGCCUCAAGGAUCUGGAGGUUGACUAUGCACGCGGGGAAGCCAAUAUUCUCACUGAUAGCUCAUCAGAUGAUGAAAGUUCCGAGGAUGAUGAGGAGGAAGUUACCUUUGAUCAUGUCUGGGGUGAAUUGGACAAUGAUGCUCCACGCACGGAUGAGUCUACGAGGAGAAUUGCAGCGUGCAAUAUGGAUUGGGAUAAAAUGAGGGCUGUUGACAUUAUGGUGCUCUGCAAUUCCUUCCUUCCGGAGGGUGGAAGGAUUGAGAAAGUUUCCAUUUAUCCAUCGGAAUUUGGGAAGGAAAGAAUGCGAGAGGAGGAUAUGAAAGGCCCCGCGGAAUUGCUGGCAGAAAAUUGGGAAGAUACAGAGGAUGGUGCUGUUGUGAAGGAUUCCAAGGAGAGAGAUUUGGAGGGAGAUUCGUACCACAUGGAAAAAUUGAGGCAAUACCAGCUAAAUCGGCUGAAAUAUUUCUAUGCUGUGAUUGAGUGCGACAGCGUCCGGACAGCUGAUGCUCUGUACGCUGAAUGCGAUGGUCUGGAGUAUGAAAGUUCAGCCACAAGGAUGGAUCUUCGUUUCAUUCCGGACGACAUGGAUUUUGACGAUGAACCACAUGAUGUUUGCAGCAAAUUGCCCAAUCUGCAGGAAUACAAACCAAGGCUCUUUGAAACGUCAGCUCUGCAGAAAUCCAAGGUGAACCUAACAUGGGAUGACACGUCCGUAGAAAGGAAGGAGUUUAAUGAGAAAAUUGCUCAAGGACGCCUUAAGGAAGUCUCUCAGGAAGAUCUGAAGCGUUUUAUCACGUACAGCAGCGAAGAAGAAGAUGACGAAGACACUGAAGCUCCUUCUCAGAAGGCGGAUGAGCUCAAUGAGGAGUCAGGAAGUGAUGAAUCUGAGGGAGAAGAAAGUCAGAAAGCUUCCAUUGAAAAGUACAAACUUCUCCUGAGUGAGAUUAAUGAGCAAGAGAAGAGGAAGAAGGAGGAUAAAAUCGAAAGGGAGCUCUCCUGGGGUGUUAUGGUGGGCAAAGAUGAUGACCAGGAGGAUGCAGAUGAAUCUUCAGGUGAUAACAACCCAUCCCUGACACCAUUUGAGCGUCUAGUUGAGAAGAAGAAGCAAAAACAAAAGAAACGUCGUGAAGAGAUUAAGAAAAAGCUCAAAGGUGGGGAAUCUGAGGAUGAGAGUUCCGAAGAUGACAUCCCCGAUGGUAUUGACAUGAAUGACCCAUACUUCGCUGAAGAAUUUGCCAAUGGGAACUUUGCACCGCCAAAGAAUACCAAAAAGGCCCAGAAGGAGCGAAAGGAACGCCUGGCUGAGGAGAAAGCCGCCCAGGAAGAGGAGGAAAAGCAAAAUGCAGAGCUGGCUCUACUGCUGGAUGAUCAGGAAGAGGGAAAAUCCCAUUUUAGCUUGAAGAAAAUUCAAAAUGCCGAAAUGGAGACAAAAAAGCGCAAAAGGAAGAAGUUGCUGAAGAAGUCCAAGGCGGAAAUUGCCGAAGCAAAGGCCAAGAAGGCACAAGAAGAUGAUUUCCAGAUUAAUGUGAAUGAUGAGCGUUUCUCAGCUGUCUUCUCGUCGCAUUUCUUCAAUAUUGAUCCCACAGAUCCGAGUUUCAAGAAGACAAAAGCCAUGGAUAAGCUAAUUGAGGAGAAGCUUAAGAGAAAGCAGGAACCUGGCAAAUUCCCGGAUGAAGAACAAUCCGCGAAGAGGAGCAAAAAGGAUGCUGAAGUGUCCGUUCUGGUGAAGAGCAUAAAGAGGAAAGUUAAGAAUAAAUGAGAAAAUAUUUCUUUUUGAGAAAAUAAAGUUUUUUUUUGUAAAGAAAAAA